UCCAUUAACAUCCACACAGUAACUGGUUACCAGAGCCUUGGCUGCUUUCUGUGCACUGUGCUCUUCUGUUUUGACUGUCAGCUCACUCUUCGGAGAGGGAGCAGCGGGAGGUAAUGAGAUGGCAAGAAAGAAGUUGAAACGUUUCACUACUUUGGAGCUUAUGCUCAGCACCCUUCUGCUUGUGGUAUUUCUCAUCACUAUUCCUCUGUUUGUGCUUUCAGCCAGAGAUUCUUUGAAAUCAGAAGAUCCUGGGACGGCAGUUACUCCAGAUCCUGGGACAACAGUUACCCCAGAUCCGGGGAUGAGUUCCACCCCUGAUUCUGCUGAGUGCCCAGUGGUAAACGAAUUGGAACGGAUAAACUGCAUCCCCGACCAGUCCCCAACAAAGGCCACAUGUGACCAGCGUGGCUGCUGUUGGAAACCUCAGGGAACCAUAAGUGUGCCCUGGUGCUACUACUCUCAGAGUCACGGCUAUCGAGUGGAGGGCGACCUUGUGAAGACAAGUGCAGGAUUCACAGCCCAGUUGGACAGGUUGCCUUCUCCGUCUCUGUUUGGGAGUGAUGUCAGCAACGUGCUUCUCACAGCGGAAUACCAGACGUCUAACCGCUUCCACUUUAAGUUGACUGACCAAAACAAGGACCGAUACGAAGUGCCCCAUGAACACGUGCAGCCCUUCCAAGGAAGUGCUGCUUCUCCCUUGACCUAUGACGUGGAGGUCUCCAAGCAGCCGUUUAGCAUCAAAGUGCUCAGAAGGAGCAACAGUCGGGUCCUGUUUGACUCGAGCAUCGGGCCGCUCCUGUUUGCGGAUCAGUUCCUGCAGCUGUCCACCCGACUGCCCAGUGCUAACGUGUACGGCCUGGGAGAGCACGUGCACCAGCAGUACCGCCAUGAUAUGAACUGGAGGACCUGGCCCAUAUUUGCCAGGGACACAGCCCCCACUGGGGAUGGAACUAACUUGUAUGGUGCACAGACAUUCUUCCUGUGCCUUGAAGAUGCUAGUGGAUUGUCCUUUGGAGUGUUUCUGAUGAACAGCAAUGCCAUGGAGGUCGCCCUCCAGCCUGCCCCAGCUCUCACUUACCGUACCAUUGGGGGCAUUCUCGACUUCUAUGUGUUCUUGGGAAGCACUCCAGAGCAAGUUGUCCAGGAGUACCUAGAGCUCAUUGGACGGCCAGCCCUCCCCUCAUACUGGGCACUUGGGUUUCAUCUCAGUCGUUAUGAUUAUGGGACCCUAGAUAACAUGAAAGAAGUCGUGGACAGAAACCGUGCAGCGCAGCUCCCUUACGAUGUUCAGUAUGCUGAUAUUGACUACAUGGAUGCGAGGAAGGACUUCACUUAUGACCCAGUAAAUUUUAAGGGCUUCCCUGAGUUUGCGAAGGAGUUACACAAUAAUGGACAGAAACUGGUCAUCAUUGUGGAUCCAGCCAUCUCCAACAACUCUUCCCCAAGCAGUCCCUACGGCCCAUAUGACAGGGGUUCUGACAUGAAGAUCUGGGUGAAUGCAUCAGAUGGAGUCACUCCACUCAUUGGGGAGGUCUGGCCUGGAAAAACUGUGUUUCCUGAUUACACUAAUCCCCAGUGUACUGCUUGGUGGACAAAUGAAUUUGAGCUUUUCCACAAUCAAGUGGAGUUUAAUGGAAUCUGGAUUGAUAUGAAUGAAGUUGCCAACUUCGUUGAUGGUUCAGUUUCAGGAUGUUCCACAAGCAAUCUAAAUUAUCCCCCAUUCACUCCCAGAGUCCUGGAUGGGUACCUGUUCCGCAAGAGCCUCUGCAUGGAUGCAGUGCAGCACUGGGGCAAGCAUUAUGAUGUCCACAGUCUGUAUGGCUACUCCAUGGCCAUUGCCACCUCAGAAGCUGUCAAGACUGUGUUCCCCAACAAGAGAAGCUUCAUUUUAACCCGUUCUACCUUUGCGGGGUCUGGCAAGUUUGCAGCCCACUGGUUAGGAGACAAUGCGGCCACCUGGAGCGACCUCCAGUGGUCCAUCCCUGCCAUGCUCGAGUUCAACCUUUUUGGUAUCCCGAUGGUGGGUUCUGACAUAUGUGGCUUUACACUGGAUGCUCCUGAAGAGCUCUGCAGAAGGUGGAUGCAGCUGGGAGCAUUUUAUCCGUUUUCCAGGAAUCACAAUUGCCAAGGCUACAAGGCCCAGGACCCUGCCUCCUUUGGAGCUGAUUCUCUGCUGCUGAAUUCCUCCAGGCACUACCUUACCGUCCGCUACACUCUGCUGCCCUACCUCUACACCCUCUUCUACCAGGCCCACAGCCGGGGGGACACGGUGGCCAGGCCCCUUCUGCACGAGUUCUAUGCGGACAGCAACACGUGGGACGUGCACCAGCAGUUUCUCUGGGGGCCCGGCCUGCUCAUCACUCCAGUUCUCAGUGAGGGUGCAGAGAAAGUGACGGCGUAUGUGCCUGACGCCGUCUGGUAUGACUACGAGACUGGGGGCCGCGUGAGAUGGAGGAAGCAGAGAGUGGAGAUGGAACUUCCUGGAGACAAAAUCGGGCUUCACCUUCGAGGCGGCUACAUCUUCCCCACACAACAGCCGGCCACAACCACGGAGGCCAGUCGAAGGAACCCUCUUGGUCUCAUCAUUGCCCUAGAUGAGAACAAAGAAGCAAAAGGCGAACUUUUCUGGGAUGAUGGGGAAACGAAAGAUACUGUGGCCAAUAAGGCUUAUCUCUUAUGUGAGUUUUCCGUCACCCAAAACCGCUUGGAUGUGAAGAUUUUGCAGUCAACCUACACAGACCCCAAUAAUUUAGUAUUUAAAGAGAUUAAAAUCCUUGGGACCCAGGAACCUACCAACAUUACAGUGAAACACAAUGGUGUCCAUCCAAGUCAAGUUUCUCCUAAUGUCACUUACGAUUCUGACCUACAGGUGGCCCUCAUCACAGGAAUCAACCUUGUCCUGGGAGAAGCAUACACGGUGGAGUGGGAUGUGAAGAUAAGGGAUGCAGAAAAAAUAGACUGUUAUCCUGAUGAGAAUGGUGCUUCUGCGGAAAACUGUGCUGCCCGUGGCUGUGUCUGGGAGGAAUCCAGUUCUCCUGGAGUCCCUUUUUGCUAUUUCAUCAAUGAUCUGUACUCUGUUGGUGAUAUUAAGUAUGACUCCCAUGGGGCCACAGCUGUCAUCUCCUUGAAGUCUUCCCCUUAUGCCUACACUUUGCCCUCGACACCUGUGAGCUCCCUCCGUCUGGAUGUGACCUACCAUAAGGAUAACAUGCUGCAGUUUAAGAUUUAUGAUCCCGACAACAACCGGUAUGAAGUCCCAAUCCCUCUCAACAUCCCCGAGGUUCCAUCCAGCACCCCUGAGAGUCGACUCUAUGAGGUCCUCAUUAAGAAGAACCCAUUUGGGAUUGAAGUUCGUCGGAAGAGUACGGGCACUGUAAUCUGGGACUCUCAGCUCCUUGGCUUCACCUUCAACGACAUGUUCAUCCGCAUCUCCACGCGCCUCCCCUCCCAAUACCUCUAUGGCUUUGGGGAAACCGAGCACACGGCCUUUCGAAGAGACUUAAACUGGAACACGUGGGGCAUGUUUUCCAGAGACCAGCCCCCGGGGUACAAGAAGAAUUCCUAUGGUGUCCACCCCUACUACAUGGCACUGGAGGAGGACGGCAGUGCCCAUGGAGUGCUCCUGCUAAACAGCAAUGCCAUGGAUGUGACAUUCCAGCCCUUGCCUGCUUUGACGUACCGUACCACAGGAGGAGUUCUGGACUUCUAUGUGGUGUUGGGGCCAACUCCAGAGCUUGUCACCCAGCAGUACACUGAGUUGAUUGGUCGGCCAGUGAUGGUUCCUUACUGGUCCUUGGGGUUUCAACUGUGUCGCUAUGGAUACCAGAACGACUCUGAGAUUGCCAGCUUGUAUGAUGACAUGGUGGCUGCCCAGAUCCCCUAUGAUGUGCAGUACGCCGACAUCGACUACAUGGAGCGGCAGCUGGACUUCACCCUUGGCCCCGAAUUUGCUGGGCUCCCAGCUCUGAUUACACGCAUCCAGGCUGAUGGGAUGCGGGUCAUCCUUAUCCUGGACCCAGCCAUCUCUGGCAACGAAACAAAGCCCUAUCCUGCCUUCACACGGGGUGUGGAGGACGAUGUCUUCAUCAAAGACCCAAGCGAUGGAAGCAUUGUCUGGGGAAAGGUCUGGCCUGAUUUUCCUGAUGUUGUUGUAAACUCGUCUCUAGACUGGGACACUCAGCUGGAGCUCUACCGAGCUUAUGUGGCCUUCCCAGACUUUUUCCGUAAUUCAACUAUCACGUGGUGGAAGAGGGAGUUGAGAGAACUCUACACCAAUCCACGGAAUCCAGAGACGAGCUUGAAGUUUGAUGGCAUGUGGAUUGACAUGAAUGAGCCGGCCAGCUUUGUGAACGGGGCGGUUCCCCCAGGCUGCAAGAACGCCACUCUGAACCACCCGCCCUACAUGCCGCAUCUGGAGUCCAGGGACAAGGGCCUGAGCAGCAAGACCCUGUGCAUGGAGAGCCAGCAGAUCCUGCCUGACGGCUCCCCGGUGCGGCACUACGACGUGCACAGCCUGUAUGGCUGGGCCCAGACCAGACCCACGUACGAAGCUGUGCAGGAGGUGACGGGAGAGCGAGGCAUCAUCGUCACUCGCUCCACUUUCCCCUCUUCUGGCCGCUGGGGAGGACACUGGCUGGGAGACAACACGGCCGCGUGGGACCAGCUGAGGAAAUCUAUCAUCGGCAUGAUGGAGUUCAGCCUCUUUGGCAUACCCUAUACAGGAGCAGAUAUUUGCGGGUUCUUUCAAGAUGCUGAAUAUGAAAUGUGUGCUCGCUGGAUGCAGCUGGGGGCCUUCUACCCCUAUUCGAGGAACCAUAACACCAUUGGGACCAGGAGGCAAGACCCUGUGUCCUGGAAUGCUACCUUUGUGACUCUGUCCAGAAGCGUCCUGCGGACCAGAUACACCCUGUUGCCUUAUCUCUACACCCUGAUGCACAUGGCCCACGUGGAGGGCAGCACCGUCGUGCGGCCUCUUCUCCAUGAGUUUGUGGCAGACCGGGUGACCUGGGAUGUAGACGGUCAGUUCCUGCUGGGCCCAGCCUUCCUGGUCAGCCCUGUACUGCAGCCUGGAGCCGCAGACGUCACUGCGUACUUCCCCAGAGCCCGCUGGUACGAUUACUACACGGGUGUGGACAUUAAAGCCCGGGGAGAGUGGAAGUCCUUGCCAGCCCCUCUCGACCACAUUAAUCUUCACGUCCGUGGGGGCUACAUCCUGCCCUGGCAAGAGCCUGCGCAGAACACCCACUUAAGCCGUCAGAAGUUCCUAGGCUUCAAGGUCGCCCUGGAUGAUCAGGGGACGGCCGAAGGUUGUCUCUUCUGGGAUGAUGGACAAAGCAUUGAUACCUAUGAAAAAGGACUCUAUUACCUGGCCAACUUUUCUGUCAGCCAGAAUACGAUGCAGAGCCAUGUAAUUUUCAACAAAUACAUCAGCGAUACAAACCCUUUGAAACUGGGCUACGUUGAAAUCUGGGGAGUGGGCAGCAACUCCAUUUCCAGUGUCAGCAUUUCUGUGAGCGGCGUGGUUGUGACCCCCAGCUUCACCUACAACUCUACAACACAGGUGUUAAACAUUGAUGUGACCAGCAGAAACAUCAGCCUGCAUAAUUUCACCUCCUUGACAUGGAGAAGCCCUCUGAGUUCCUAGAGCAGGACCCUAACCAUGAAUAGCUUUGAAACUACUCAUACUUCAUGCUCAUAAAAUUAUUAUGUGUUGCUAAUUAGUUUAUACCCAGUAUGGGUGAAGUGUUUUGUUAAUUUUGUUUUAUGUUCUGCCUGUGUUUUAGCCCUCUGGUAUAGGCAGUAGGGAGGUGUGGACGACUGUGGGUUACCAUAAUGUCUCUAUGUGACUGGCAUGGUUUGGAUGGCUCAUCAUACAACAUGGACUGAAGAUGAACCAGGUCUAUGAUGAAGUAUGUGUGCGUGUGUAUGUGUGUAAUUAGGGAAUGGCCCCACAAGCUGAAGCUUGCCAGGACAGUUCAGGUCCUAGAGCCAACUAACACCUCAAGAAAGCAUCCAGGAAGAACAUCUGGUCCCUGUGGUUAUGGGGAGGCAGAAUAAUAUGCUGAAAGCAUGAUACAAGGGGAAAGAAAGGCAAAUUCAGGGAAGGUAAGCAGGAAAGAUGAUGGGGAUGAAGGUGAUGAUGACAAAUAAGAAGAUAACAUAAAAAUAUUAGGACUAGUCGCCUCAUGGGAAGGAGAAGGGAAGAGCCAACCAAUCUGAAAGCAGGAGGAGGGGUUGGGGGAACUCCUUAGCUUGUGGGAAUAGGGCUGGGGAUGAGAUUGAAGAGGGCAAAGCUGAAGGAAGGAGAUUGAAUGUAAACAAUAACUUAUUUUUGCCAGGGUGUGCUUUGAAAUGUGUAAAUCUUAUUUCUCUACUCUGCCUAAUGUAUAGAACCACAGUUCACACGAUGCAUGCGACUUAUAUGCCAAAGAAAAAUAAACCAAGCAGAUUAACAAGG